GUUUUGUUCCACGGCGGAAGGUGAAUUUACGGUCAUCCGGAUUUGUAUUUCGAGUACCAGUGCCAUGAUGCGCGGCCCGAGGCGCAGGGAAGGCGUGGGGACCAUGAGUGGGGCGCCGCUUGCCCAGGGAAGGCUGGUGAGUGGCUCUUGCCACGGUUGGCGAAGGAGUACAGUGCAUCAGCCGCAUCAAGUGGCUUCCACCACCAUCACCACUACACCGCCCUGCCACCAAGACCAACAACCACGGCCACCACCUCCGCCACCACCAUCUCCGAAACUAUAUGAAAUGAAAAGAAAGAUAUGGACAAGCUGGAGGGAAUGCAAGGAAGAGUUGCUUAUGACCCCACCACUGCAAGACAAGCCAGGUUCCGGAGCUGCCGGCCACCACACGUGCACCACAAGAUCACCACAGGGAGACAAAAAGGUGGUGGCGUCACGCACAGCCUUGUGACCUCACCACGCCGCGCCGUGACUCGUGUGUUGGCGUCAAGCAAGGCAGCUGGCAGGUUCCGGAGACCUUACCUGCGGCGCCUGGCAUGACCCCACCCUCUUGACCCUCGACCUCCGGCGUCCCAAGGAGAACUUGCGCCCGCCACGCUGUCUUGAGGACGACCAACCCGCCCACCAAGAGCUGCCUGGCGGUGGUGUGGAGGCUGAAGUGUUUGUGUCGACUGUGAGGGGCUCUUGAGACAGCCUUUGUCUUCCUCCUCAUCCUCUUUCCCUUCGUCGUCGUCUCCUUCCUCCUCCUCUUCUUCGUCAGGGUCCUUGUCCUCUUACUCCUCUUAUUCCUCUUAUUCGUCCCUCAAGUCUUUGCUUUCUGAUCGUCAUCCUCUCCGUACUUCUCACUCUCCUCCUCCUCCUCCUCCUGCUGUUCAAGAUGGUUGCUGAGGACACCGAGAACGCCUCACCUGUUGACAGCCCCGCCAGAAUCACCGAGAAGUGAAGGCCAAGACGACGUGACCCACUACCACCACCACCACCACCACCACCUUUCCUUCCCCCUCAUCACACCCCACCACAGACACUACAACCACUGCAACACAUCACCUCACCUUUGACACAAUCAUCUACACAGUAAACCCAAACUCACCACCACCUUCCUCUCAUCACACCCCCAAAAAUCACCAUAAUCACUCAUUUCACCACCACAUUGUACCUUAACCCACCAUCACCGCUAUCACCACCACCAAACUGCUGCCACACCUCGCCACUAUCUCUCCCACACUGCCCAUCCGUGCCAUGCAGUCACUAGUUCGCUACGUGACGCUGUGUGUGUGCUGGGGCUGCGUGGGGGAGAUGACAGGCACGCAGAUCGCUAACAUGGCCAUCUCAGCUCACGGUCAGCCAAUACCCAACACCAACACGCAAAUAAACGCAGUCUUGAGCCAACCACUACAGACCCAUGACUCGCCUAUACAGAUCCUUCCUGAGCAGCCUCCGCCUCUUCCCUCCAAUGGUCAGCCUCUACAUAGCCACGACGCCGGCCUGCACAGCCUCCCCGAGCCUCCUUUAGUGUCCCUAGAGGAGCCUCCCACCCCUGAGACACCCAUACAUAUCCUCCCUAAGCAGAUGCCCCUCCCUGCCCCGUCUCAUGGCCACCCGCAGCGCUCCUUCCAAGUACUGAAGAGAAUAGAUCGGCCGGAUUCUAAGCCAGAGACUGUAGUGCUGUCGGAGCCGAGUCAGCGAAGCCAAGACCUUGUGAGUCUGUUAGAGGCUGAGGGUCUGGAGGGAGAGGAGAAGAUCGUCCCGCAGAACCUGGAGGGAAGACCAAUCAGGAUAGCCCUCGCCAACGAGGCGGAGUUCACGCUGAUGCCGGUGACGGUGACGGAGGUGCGGAAGGAGGUGGUGGAAUUCUCGCAUCUCCUGGGCACCACUUCCUUCGGCAUGCUGGUGAAGCGGCCUGAGUACACACCGAAGCCUGACGCCCUGCUCAAGCCCUUCAACAAAGAGGUGUGGUUCUGGAUUAUAGGCUCGAUGGCCACGAUGGGUCCUCUUAUCUACUUCAUCAUCGUGUUCCGCGUGAGACUGUGCCGCGGCGACCCCAAACUCACCCGCAUCAUGCCCUUUGACCAAUGCUGCUGGUUUGUGUACGGCGCCAUGAUGAAGCAGGGGAGCGUUCUCAAACCCAUCUCAGACUCGUCCCGCAUCCUCUUCGCGACGUGGUGGCUCUUCAUCAUGAUUGUGACCUCCUUCUACACGGCCAACCUUACCGCCUUCCUCACCUUCAACGGCCUCCAGCUCCCCAUUAACGAAGUAGCCGACCUCGAAAAGCACUCUGACAUAACCUGGCUGGCCUCCCGCGACGGCGCCGUGGUAGACGUCAUCACGAGUCACCCUCAGCUGGAGAUCCUGAGAGAGCUGAAGAAAAAGGGACGAGGGAGAUACAUCGACUCCAGGGAGGAGGCGCUCGCCCUUGUGCGCGCUGGAGACCACGUGUACAUCGACGACGUGCAGGUGUUGGAGUACCUGAUCCAGGAGGACUUCAAACGGCAGCAGCGGGAGGAACUAAACCAAACGUGCAACUUCUACACCUCUGAGCUGGAGCGGGGCGGCGAGCUCACCUUUUGGUAUGGCUUUGGCUUCAAGAACGGCAGCGAGUACACGGACCUCUUCAACGGCUUCUUUCGUCGCCUCUCUAUCUUUGGAAUCCUCAACUUCUUGCGGAACAGCGCCACGGCCAGCAGCCCAGUGUGCACCCUCCCCAAGGGCUUCAAGGACCGUGCCCUGGAGAACAAGGACCUCUACACCACCUACGUCCUCUACGCCAUCGGUAUCGUCGCCUCACUCCUCGCACUGCUUACUGAGAGCUUCUUCAGACGCGCCAUGAGGCAGACACACAACCUCGCCAUGGCCACCAGGAAAACCUUCUCCGACCGCUUCAACAGCCCACCCAUCAAGGUCACGCCCUCGCGCACCGGCCCCACGCAGACCUGGAACUCCGGCCUCCCCCCUUGCCGGAGCACAGACUCAGGACGCCCUUCGAAGUGAAAUACCCGCAGUUCGCCAAUCUCAAGCCGCAGUACACGCCGCAGAUCACAGACGCAAGGCAAGUCCCGUUUGCUCGCCAGACUGGUCCGCGCGUCAUCUCCGGGAAGAUAAAUGGCGUGGACGUGAAGUGGGACCAGCGGGAGGGCAAACUGCUGCUGCAGGACGUGAAGCAGCUGGCGGGCAACGUGGCGUACAUUGACGGGGUGCCCUACGCCUUCCUGCACUACCGCGACGAUGACGGACCCAAGCUACAGAAGCUGAUCCUAAGCGAUUUGAUUUAGUACAGGGACGGUGAAGGGAAGGAGGUUAGCUGCGGUGGUGGUCUGUCUACAGGCCUGUGGCUCGUGAGGAGUUCUGCAUGUCGAGGGUUAUAAUGUACAAACUUUGGAGCAUUUUUAGAGCAAUGAAAAGCGUUAUACAGGAGAAAACUUUGCUGGUAGGUCGUAAUGUCCGUAAGUGUGUACCACGCCGCUGUUUCUCCACUGAGCGAUGGACAAACUUAUCAGCUUCACGAAUCGAAGGACAGUGAAAGUAGCCGCGGGAUGUAAAACUGGAAACACUCGUCUUUCGAUGUGCUGAGUGUUUUAUCGUCGCUCAAAUUGUUCAGUAUGUUAUGUUUGCAAGAAGGGGACUGACUAGUGGCGCCUAAAGCAGCCAGGUUUUGCUGUAUGUAAUGUAGUACGCUUAGAAAAAAAAAUCCAUAUUUUUCUAGGUAGUUGUUAUCGUUAGUGGCGGUGGUGGUGGUGAUGGUGGUGUGCAAGGCUGGCGUCUCCCCUCAUUCGUUCACACUGCAUUCCAUUGCAUGUGAAAGUUGGAGAAAUAUUCGUAUACAUGCGGAGGUUUUGGUUGUGAUGGUUGAGGUCCUGUUGGCUCUGAGGUGCCGUGGUGUGUUGUGAUGCCAAGGGCAGUGCCUGGGCAGUCAAGGCUGAACACAUGUAACAGACUGUACACAGAAACACGGAAAAAUAUCAUGUUAAGGGUUGGCAUUAGACAAAGCCAAGCCCUCUAUUGCAGUUUAGUUGUCCUUGACUGUCCACCACUCCCGUGAAGUGUCGCUAUGGCUGGCCUGGGUGUGCGAGGCGCGUUCUGUGCAGCGUCGUGGAUGUGUUCGUGCUGGUGUGUGUUGCUGCUUUGUACUGAUUCAUAAUGUUGGAACCGUGAUUAUUGUCUUAUUAGGCAGACCAGGACAGCCUUCCAUAUCCCGCGCCGGGCGGGGCGGGGCGGAUCGGGCACUGUCUGUAGAGUGCAGGGGCGGGAUGGGAGGUGACGUAGGUGACCCCAGGAGCUCGAACUGAUUGAUAUGUAAUGGGAGACCGCCGCCGUCACCACCAUCACCACCUCCACCACCAACCGUCAUGUAGCGGCACCAUCACCACCACGUCACCACUGCGGGCCGGUGAGCUGCCCGGGGCGCCUUGUGGCGCGGCACCCAGGGGACGCCCUUUUCAACGCCACUACGUGUUUAGUCUCUCUCCAUCGGCCACCGCAGAUAAUGGCAGACUUGCUCAAUCCUACGCAGGUAGUGGUAGUAUUAGUUAUUAUAUACGAGUAUAAAUAAUAAAAAUAAUAAUA